CAUGAAUUCACCUUACACAGCUAUGCAGUAUUAUCCAGAGUUCCCCUUUCAUCGACUCAGGGACGCUUCAUCACGUUUGUCCUGGAGAGAGGGCUCCUUUCUCACCGCCAUGACCCAGAAUCAGUCUGCACAGACAACUGACUUCCUCAGCCAAGAUGUGUUCAACCAACUAUUUGAUAUGCUGGACCAAUCUGCCAUUCAUUCAGUCCAGCCCAUUGAGCUAAACUUCACAGAUAGUCCAACUAAUGGAUCUGCAGGAAACACCAUCCAGAUCAGCAUGGACUGCAUCACCAUGCAUGAGCCGGAUGAGAUACUCUCUUCGCAGUAUACAAACCUGGGGCUCCUGAACAGCAUGGAUCAGAACAUACAGAACGGAGGCUCAACCUCCACCAGCCCCUACAACAACGACCAUGCACAGAACAACGUGACCGCCCCAUCACCUUACGCCCAGCCCAGCUCUACCUUCGACGCCCUUUCUCCUUCACCCGCCAUCCCAUCCAACACAGACUAUGCUGGGCCACACACCUUUGAUGUGUCCUUCCAGCAGUCGAGUACGGCAAAGUCUGCCACCUGGACGUACUCGACAGAACUGAAGAAGUUAUACUGCCAAAUUGCCAAGACGUGUCCAAUUCAGAUCAAAGUUCUGACCACGCCUCCCCAGGGUGCUGUUGUCAGGGCGAUGCCUGUUUAUAAGAAAGCAGAACAUGUGACCGAAGUGGUGAAACGGUGCCCGAACCACGAGCUCAGCCGCGAGUUCAACGAUGGUCAAAUCGCUCCUCCCAGCCAUCUGAUCCGCGUGGAGGGAAACAGCCAUGCCCAGUACGUGGAGGACACCAUCACUGGAAGACAGAGUGUUUUUGUUCCUUAUGAACCUCCACAGGUUGGAACAGAAUUCACCACCAUUUUGUACAAUUUCAUGUGCAACUCGAGCUGCGUGGGGGGAAUGAACAGACGCCCAAUUCUCAUCAUUGUCACCCUGGAAACCAGAGAUGGUCAGGUAUUAGGCCGCCGCUGCUUCGAGGCCAGGAUCUGUGCCUGCCCAGGCAGAGACCGCAAGGCGGACGAGGACAGCAUCCGCAAGCAGAACGUAACAGACUCUUCAAAGAGCAGUGAUGGUACGAAACGCCCCUUCCGCCAGGUUUCCCACGGCAUACAGAUGUCCACUAUCAAGAAGAGAAGAUCCACAGAUGAGGAGGUUUUUUGUUUGCCUAUCAAAGGCCGUGAAAUUUAUGAGAUUUUGGUAAAAAUCAAAGAGUCUCUGGAACUCAUGCAGUUUCUUCCACAACACACCAUAGAAUCAUACCGACAGCAGCAGCAGAAUCUACUUCAGAAACAGAACUCAAUGCAGUCUCAGCCUUCCUACGGCUCCAGUUCCCCCACUCAUGGAAAAGUCAACAAGCUGCCCUCCGUCAGUCAGCUCAUCAACCCCCAGCAGCGUAACACACUCACCCCGUCCAGUAUGUCUGGAGGCCUGACUGACAUGUCUACCAUGAUGGGCACUCCCGUCCACAUGAACGCUGACAUGAGUUCACUGAGCCCCACACAUGCACUGCAGCAACAGCUUCCCUUGGUGCCUUCCUCCCACUGUACCCCCCCUCCUCCAUACCCCAUGGACAGCAGCAUCUCCAGCUUCCUUAUACGGCUGGGCUGCGCAGGCUGCUUGGACUACUUCACAGCACAGGGCCUAACCAACAUCUACCAGAUUGAGAACUAUAACAUGGAGGACUUGUCCAGGCUGAAGAUCCCCGCUGAGUUCCAGCACAUCAUCUGGAAGGGCAUCAUGGAGCAUCGUCAGGUCAUGGAUUUUUCCCCACCUCCCCACAUAGUGCGCACCACCAGCGGGGCCUCCACUGUCAGCGUGGGCUCCUCCGAGGCCCGCGGCGAGCGCGUCAUUGACGCUGUCCGCUUCACCCUGCGCCAGACCAUCUCCUUCCCGCCGCGCGACGAGUGGUCUGACUUUUCCUUCGACCUGGAUUCUCGCCGCAACAAACAGCAGCGCAUCAAGGAGGAGGGGGAGUGAGACGACCUCGCCGCUUGCCCUUUUUUCUCCCCCCCCCCCCUCAUUUCAUACCCUGCUCUUGGAACAUUUCAUUUGAAAACCCCUGGUGUAUUAGUGCAAAUAAACUGCUGAGAACAAAAAAAAACAAAAAAAAAAAAAACAUAUUCACAUAGAGAUGCACUUAUUUUCAUUGUUGUUGUUGUGGUUCUCAUUAUCGCAGAAAUGAACGGUGUCGAGCAAAAGGUGCAUUUUAUUAUGUUCGAAUUUCUUGAGAGCACUUAAGAAAUGCGGAGGAUUUCAAAGUUUUGUUCCGUUUUCAUGAUUCAUUCCCAUGUUAACAAAACUCGCAUUAAAGGGCUUGUUAGGGCUUAUUAUAUGUCUGCUAUGGGCCAUAGCAAAAGUGUAUUUUAGUUUGUAAUACUUAUGCGUUGUACAUGUUUAGUCAAAGUACACUGGUUUUCAUCUGUGGCAGAAGUCAACACUGAUUGUAUACAUUUCAAAACAUUUUCUGUCAGAAGUAUUAUGUCAGGGGCAAUUUGUUUUCUGCUGUAGCUUCUAUAUUUGUAUUUUUUUUUUUUUUUGCUUUUAUACAUCUGUUGUGAGACCAAUGCAUCACUUUGUUGUGUCUGGUUGUGAAGUAUGUGUGUUUAAAUGACAGAUGGUCGUUCAUUAAAUGUAGCCAUAUAUAGGCCUAAUGCUCUUGACCCAGUGUUUUACAGUACGAUGAUACAAUGACUGAUGUUUCCUUUGUUCUUGUUUCAACUUCCGUGCAAACGUGGUUGUGAUUUGAGGAGCAGACUUCUCUGCUCUUGCAGUGGAUAGUAUUUUAUUUUUUUUAUUUUUUAUUUUUUUUUGAGUCAUGUUUUGGUAAAGGUUUAUUUCAUUUUCUAACUGGCCAAAACCUGAUAAAAAUGUAAAUUUGUAUAGUUCUUUUAUGAAAGUCUCCCUAAAGAAAAGACAUGAUUUUCAUCAUGGAACAAAGCAUGUGCCGAUGUGAAUAUUACCUGGUUUCUUUACCAGCGACAACAAUGUGUUCAUUCAGAGUUUAACUUCAUACAGUAUGUACUGUGAGUAUUUUGCAUUUGCCGGCAGCCCAUUUUCAACAUUGUUUAAGUAGUCUGCAUUGGUUCCAAAGCAGAGACCAUUACAUUUUCAUAUUUUUGUACAAUGUAUUGUAAAUAUGUUGCAAUAUAUCAAGGGUAUUUUGAUAUAAAUCUAAAAUAAAUAUCCAAACUUGCUGUAUUGCAUGUGAA